AUGUCAUCUGCAGCUGAACAAGCAAGAUUACGCAGAGAGCGUCGCAUGGAAAAAAUUCGACAAGGAGGAAACUCUAGAAUUGAUAAAAUUAUGGGCCAGGAAUCUAAAAUAGACGAGCAAGCAACUUCUAAUGACACUGUUUCUGAAGAUAUUGCUUCUCCUUCCUUUCAGUCAAAUGUGAAAGCCGAACAAGUCCCUACUACAGACUUGAAGAUUCCAAAAGGAGAUACUAACGACCCAAUUAAUUUACAUAAUCUUGUAAGUUCGCCCUUCAAUUUGCAAAGCGACACUCCAACCAAUGGUCCCCCCGAGAACAUGUUCGCUGAAAAUCCCGAUUUCGCCAAGUUUUUCCAAGCUCUUAUGGAGUCUUCCAAAGAAGAUAGCAAUGGGCAAUUUGAAAGACCCGAUGCAGCUGUCAAUAACAAUGCUGCUCCUGUGGAUAAUAACAGAACCCUCCCAUUGCGUAAAUAUGUCCACUUAUCCUUCGUUGUUGCUAUUGUUUGUUUCUGCUACUUCCGUCGAUUGCCUUUGCUUCCUUGGAUGUUUACUGUUGAAGCAUGUCUAUUCUCUAUGCGCUUGUUUGUGGAAAGAAAUAAUCCUUCCUCUUCUUCAUUAUUAAUGACGGUGGCUUCUCAGUUGCCGGCUCCUUAUGCGUCUAUGAUUAAAUACACUGCAAACUAUGCUUCCUUAGUAUCCCAGUUGAUUACUGAUGCAUGCGUAGCGAUUUUCGUGAUAGGAAUAUGUUGCUAUACAAGUCCUUCUCUAAUAUAA